AUGCGCCCCACGCCCGCCGGGCGCAACGGGCACACCGGCUCCGGGGAUGCGGAGCUCGAGUACCUCGAGGGAAUGCCGGGUCGGCCGUGCGAGGGCCUCGCAGCGGCUGCGCGUGCGGCGCCAGAGGGCGGGGGGCCUCGCCGCGGCCAGGUCCGCCAGGGCGGCGGAGAGGGUCGGCAGCUGCUGCAGCGCGCUGCGGCACCUCAGCGGAGCAGAAGGUGCUCCAGUGCCUCUGGGCGCUGGGCGCCCCCGAGGCGCCGGAGGCCAGGCCGGAUGUGCGUGGCGGCGCGGGGCAGGAGGUCGGCCAGGACCCUCCAGGUGAAGCCGGGCCUGAUGGAGGCGGUGGCGGGCCUCCGGGUGCAGCGGUGGACUGUGCCGAUGCUCCAGGUGUCGCUGGACGUGGUCGGCACGCCGUUCCAGAUGCAGCUGCUGCCCAUACAGGCCCCCCAGGCGAAGCUGCACAGGCUGGAGGCCGCGGAGGGCUUCCAAGUGCAGCUGACCGUGCAGGCCCCCCCAGGUGAAGCUGACCAAGAUGGAGACCGCGCAGGGCUUCCAGGUGCAGCUGGCCGUGAGGCCGAGCAGAUGGUGGGCGGCAAGCUGGGCCACGACGUCGGGGAGCAGCACGCGCUAUCGGACGUGGCGGGCACGGCUGUAGCAGAGGCUGCCGUACCCUUCGUGGCGGGGCCCUUGGCGGCUAGAGCCCCCGCGGCUGGCCGGGUCCCGUGCGAUGCCUAUGGCGGGUGUCGGAAGCAGCUCAAGGAGGGGGCCAAGGAGCUCAAGGACACCAAGAAGCUCCGGGGAAUGAAGCGCGCAAAGUGCUGCAAGGAGGAGCUGGUGCGCAUGCUCG